UGGUCAUCAGCCUGCCAAAAUUGUCUAUGCUUAACACACAUUAUUUAUGUUUCAACAGUUUUUGUUUAUAUUUAGUUUUCUUUUUAGAACCACACUGAGAAUAAUUCUGUGAAAAUGGAGAAGACUAUAAAUAGACUUUUGAUCCUUUUAACAUCUUUGUGACACAUCAAAAAUUUGCCAGAUAAAAUGAAAAUUUGGAAACAUGUUGCCAAAAGUUACUAUUUUUCUAGCCUUCCUUUUAUGUACAGUAAAUCUUUGUAUAAGUGAUAUUGAUAUACAGGAAAUAGCUAAAAAAAUAGCCCAAGAUGUAAAUACCCUCAAAAAUGAAGAAUUAGGUGUGCCAUUUAUUGAUAAACUAUAUGGAAGCUUCAAAUAUACCCUAAAUGAAAAUGGAAUUAAAACAGAUCUUCACCUGAUGUCCCAAAAACUGUUAAAUAAGAUAAAUAAUGUCUUCUACUCAAUGGAAAAUGCUUCAAAUAUAUUAAACACUUUACCAUCAAUUGGAUCAUCAUCGGUUUUUUUGCCCUGUAUAAAGGAAGAGGCCAAUGUGCUGGACGUUCUUGUAAACAACUAUUUGGUUGGUAAUAAUAGCAUCAGAGACAGUUUUGGUUCCAAAUAUGUCUUAUACCAAAUAGGAAAAAAUAUAACCUUACUGCCAAACGCAGUGAGACAACAGUAUUUUAUGUUAAAUAAUGAAUUUAAAGAAACCAAACAUUCACCAUUUUUGGAAUGUUCCGGACAUGAGGAAUCAGUAGUGUGGAAGAAUUUUAGAAUGCAGAGCAAAUACAUGACCAAGAAUGUAAUUUUAAUUGUAGAUCAUGGAGCUUCCUUAAGCAAAAGACAAUUGCACAUUGCAAAAGCAAUUGCCAAAGAAAUGUUGUUGGCCUUGAAUAAAGAUGACAGAGUAGCUUUGAUAGGACUGGCAUCUGAAUGGUCCUUUCCAGAGACCUACUGCACUCAAGGAAAUAAUGCUACUAAUGUUAAAUUGGAACACGCAACUGCAGCGCACGUAACCUCAAUGAUUAAUUUCAUUGAUUCUCUGGAUAGGGGUAAUGGGUCCACUAAUCAUACUUCUGGAAUACAAGUAGCCUUAGAUAUCGCUCUGAAAAACACAAACCUCGAUAAUGAAACAAUUAUGAUAGCCUACAUAAGUCGUGGAUUGCUCUCCUCAUUGCGUGAAGCUAGGACUGUACUUAAAACAGUUGCACAAUACACAGACAAUAUUAAAACAGCAAUUGUUAUACACACGUGUGCUGUUAUUGACGAGAUGAAGCCUAUAUUGUACGAAACUCAUUUCUUGCGCGAUAUUGCUUACCAAAAUUUUACAAAGUAUAACAUUACAUUUAACCACAAUGUAUACAGAAAAAUGGGGUAUAUGUUAACUGUUAAUAAGACUGAUGAAAUAGGCUUUGUUGUAAGCAAAUUUUAUAGCACUUUCAAUCCCAGUUAUUUUUUUGACAUGAAAAAACAAAUCACCCUUCCACAUUGGGAUCCGCAAAGUAGUGACUUAACGGUAUCAUUUUUACUGAGUUGGAAUUAUGACGGGUUUGCGAUGUUAGGGACGGAUAUUUACUUUUCCAAUAUAGUUGAGGAUGUUGCAUACUAUAGCAGCAAUCAACGGUACACAUAUGCUUUUUUAAUUGACUUGGAAGGGCACGUACUUGUCCACCCAUUUAUAUCCACUCCUUCACCAUUGACACACCAAAUCACAUUUACCAAUCUGAGAGAUGUAGAAAAGAUUCCAGAUAUAGAUGUCUUAAUGCAGAAACUUGUCACAGAAAUGACAGGGAAUCAUGUCACCAGAAAUCAGGAAGACGAAGUGUUGGAAUACUCGUGGAGUAGAGUUGGAUACUGGUAUGUCAUUUGUAUUGUCCUAAAUGAAAAUUAUGGAGAAUUUAACAGACCCUUCAAAGCAUCUCCCAGUCCAUCAGUCAGAAAACUAUUAUACCAAAAUUUGGAUGGCAUAGAAGAGUACAAAUUAUGCAAACAUUUAAAUCAGGUUGCUACCUUAGAUGUGGCAUCAUUAUAUUUGAGCAGAUCCUGUUUUCAAUCUCCAUUCUCAGCGUCUAGAACAACUCAAGAUAAACUCAUUGUCCAAGGUUAUUUGGCUUAUCUAAAAGACGAUACAGGAUUACUGAUCAACCCAGGGUUAAAAAAAGAAGUGCGGGAUGAAGUUUUGGGUUUAGCCCACGUACUGGAUUUCUUGAGGAAAAAGCAUCUGUCUUCCGAAUUAUCGAAAUAUAUUGUAAGACGUUAUGCAUCAUCCUACAAAGGUGUAUUGCAGAUGUUUCCGGGCAGCGUUCUUUUACCAGACCUGGAAAUUACUAAACGACCGUGGUUUUUGCGUGCCUUGCAAAAUAAAGACAAAGUUAUAUUGAUUCCACCAUAUUUAGAUCAAGGGGGAGCGGGAUAUAUUGUUACAUUGGCGUACGCGACUCCCCAGGCCGUAAUAGCUAUGGAUUUAACUUAUGGAUUUAUGUUGAAAAUGUUGCUGAAACAUUUGCCAUUUUGUUUAAAUCAGAUUACAUGCUUUCUGAUUGACGAUCAAGGUUAUAUAAUUUACCACCCAAAAUUGAUGGACAUCAAAGGUGCAAGACCGGUAGAACAGCAGCAUAUCGUCCAUAGAGAAUCAUUGGUAGCCAAUGACAUAUUAAAUCAUAAACAUUUCAUCAAGAAAAUGUUGUGUAACAAUUAUGGUGAUAAUACGGUACAGAGAUAUUACAGGCUAAAUACAAGCUUUAGUAAUGUUUUAGUCAAUUUUGUUCCUGGGGAACAUUGCGUAACUUACAGGAUCACGCCCGUGCCAAAUACCAAUAUAUUUGUCGGUAUAGUGAACGCUUCCUGCGAUGUGGUAGCCACGUUCUGUCCAUGUAGUAUAGUCGAUCGUUUAUGUUUAAAUUGUAACAGAAUGGAACAGAAGGAAUGUGAAUGUCCAUGCGAGUGCCCCUUAGAGAAACAAGCUGCUAACUCUUGCCAAGACAUUAGUCAAAAUUUAACGAACAAUCUACCUUGUUCGUGGCACACCGAAAGUUCUUUUGUAGAUGCGACUUUUGCACCAGAAGUAGACGACAAUUUGGAUGUAUGUUUCCCAGUAAAUUGCCAAAGUGAAAGGUCACACUUAGAAUGUUUGGGAGUCAUCGGUUGCGAGUGGUGUAAAUAUGAUAGUGACGGAAGUUAUCUGAAGAAUCCAUUUUGUUCUCGUUUGUCUAAUUGUUUUAAUGGCGUCUAUGGCCUACGUACUCCUUAUAGGGAAAAUAUUAACGAAUCCGUUUUACCAACAGAAAACGAAUAUUCGCCACUUGGGCCUAUAUUGGGAUUAGUGAUUGCAAUGUGUGUGUUUUUUGUUUUGUUGUAUAUAUGUUACAGAUCGUACAGUAAUCCUGCAGUAGAUAGACUUUAUUUAUCAUCUACUCAAGAUCAGCUUAGGAUGAGCGACUUAAAUAUUAACGAGAAUUUUCACGAUCUCGGAAAUCACAGAGACAAAUUAUUACAAGAUGAAGGGCAUGAUCCGAUUUCUCCAUAUUGCGUCGCAAGUAAUUAUAGACGAAAUAAUACCGCUGCUGAUUCAGACCAUGGAUAUUCAACUAUGACACCCCAUGAUGAAUCUGAACACCUUUCUCUGGCACCAAUUGAAGUUGAUUCGUUGGAAGAUGACAUUAUGUCGGACACCACUUCCGUGCAUACCAGUGUCUCAACCAAAAAUGCUGCACAGAAUGUGAUUUCCCCCAUGUUUACGAAAAUUCCACAUAGAAAUUGUAUGGUUGUACCCGUUACUGUUCACAGACACAUGGAAACAACGUAAAUUUUAUAUAAAAUGAAAAGUUUUCAAAUACAAGAAACUCCGAGGGAUGUUUUGGACAGGAAACGAAGUAAAAGAAGUUACGAUGUCGUAUAUAUUUUUGUACCAAAAAAUCCACAAGAGAGCAAUAAUGUUCCGAAAAUCUGUAAAUUUCAUAAUCAAAAUGAGGAGCGUAAAUUUAUUCAUGAAUGUCCUUGCCAUAAAAUUUGCGUGUUCCUUUCUGUAUUUAUUUUAAUACUUAAAUUAAACGUGUACCUAAUUUUACAUUUAAUAAAACAUGUUUUUCAAAAUUUAUUUUGUUUUUACCCCGAAGCGUCCU